CCAGGCGAGGGCAUUUGCCAGCUUUCCCUCGACGCAGAAGGAGGAUUCUCGCUCGGCUUUAAUACUUGGAACUUAUAGCUGAAAUCCCCGCGUGAGUUCCCCCAGAAGGUUGUAGAUUUGUUUUAAAAAAAAUGAUUGGUUCUUCAACUGAAAUUGGGCCAGAGAACAAAUCAAUGAAGGAUAAUUCUCGAAGUUACACAGUGAAUGAUGUUUCUAUACCUGAAAUUCAAAGCAAUGGCUGUGACAAUCCUGCUUUCCAAAUGGAUGAAACUACCAUACAAAAGGGUCAUUUUAAAAAAAAGAAAAUAAAGAACAGUGAAACCUCUAAGAAGAAAGAGAAGCAAAUGAUUGGAUUUUUUGAAUUGUUUAGCUUUGCAGAUGCUCUAGAUAUCAUUUUAAUGAUUGUGGGAUCAAUCGCAGCUGUUGCAACAGGAACCGGACAACCAAUUAUCAUCGUCAUCUUUGGCCAGAUGACAAACAGCUUUGUGGUAACUAGUUUUAAUGUGUCUACAGGAAGUGCAGAAAUCAAUAACUCAGCCUGCCCUCAGGCUGCCUCAGAUAUAGAAAAUCAAAUGGCCUCUCAUGCGUACUACUUCGUUGGAAUUGGCUUUGCGGUACUGCUCUGUAGUUUUGUUGAAAUCUGGACCUUUGUGACUACCUCUGCAAGACAAACAUCAAGAAUACGUGACAAAUUCUUUUUUGCUGUUCUUCACCAAGAAAUGGCCUGGUUUGAUAUCACACCAAUUGGAACAUUGAAUACGAGACUGACAGAGGAUAUUAACACAAUUCACAAAGGCAUUGGAGACAAGAUUGGUAUAAUAAUCCAAGAUUUUUCAACAUUUUUGACAGGGGUUAUUAUAGGAUUUUCAUAUGGAUGGAAGCUGACGCUGGUGAUAUUGUCUGUUACUCCUCUUAUUGCUGUUUCUAGUGCCUUAUGGUCAUAUAUACUAUCAGCAUUGACUGCAAAGGAGCUACUAGCUUAUGCCAAGGCAGGGUCUGUGGCAGAAGAAAUUUUGUCAGCCAUCAGGACAGUUGUUGCUUUCAAUGGACAGAAGAAAGCUAUAGCAAGGUAUGAUAAAAAUCUAGAAGAGGCUCAGUCUAUUGGAACAAAAAAGACAAUUACCACUAACAUUUCGAUUGGUGUGUCCCAGUUUUUGAUCUAUGGAUGCUAUGCCCUUGCCUUCUGGUAUGGAACCAAGCUCACAGUAGACGAAAAGGAUAACUAUGAUAUUGGAAGAGUAUUAAUUGUUUUCUUUUCUGUGCUUAUUGGUGCAUUUGCCCUUGGACAGGCUUCCCCCAAUUUGGAGAAUGUGGCCAAUGCUCGAGGAGCAGCCUACCAAGUCUUUAAAAUUAUCAAAAAGCCUCGUCCCAUAGAUAGCAGUUCCACUGAAGGAUUCAAGCUGGAUAAACUCCGAGGAGAAAUUGAAUUUAAAAAUAUCUUUUUCAGUUACCCUUCUAGACCAAAUAUUCAGAUUCUUAGAGGUUUGAAUUUAAAAAUACAACCUGGACAGACCAUUGCUCUUGUUGGUUCCAGUGGUUGUGGGAAAAGCACUACUAUUCAACUCUUGCAAAGAUUUUAUGAUCCACCACAAGGACAGAUCACCAUAGAUGGGCAUGAUAUUCGGACGCUUAAUAUCAAAUGGAUGAGGAAAAACAUCGGCAUUGUAAGCCAAGAACCAGUUUUGUUUGCUACCACAAUUGCAGGCAAUAUUCGUUAUGGCAGAGAGGAUAUUACUGAUGCUGAAAUUGAAGAAGCAGCCAAAGAAGCAAACGCUUAUGACUUCAUAACGAAACUUCCUGAUAAAUUUAAUACAAUGGUUGGAGAAAGAGGAGCCCAGCUCAGUGGUGGUCAGAAACAGCGUAUUGCUAUUGCUCGUGCCCUGGCUAGAAACCCUAAGAUCUUGCUACUGGAUGAAGCUACCUCUGCUCUAGAUAAUCAGAGUGAAUCUAUAGUGCAAGCAGCACUUGAUAAGGCCAGGGCUGGGCGCACCACCAUUGUAAUUGCUCACAGACUCUCUACAAUAAGGACAGCUGAUGUUAUUGCUGGCUUUGAGAAAGGUGUUCUUGUUGAACAGGGGACACAUAGUGAACUCAUGGCACAUAAAGGAGUUUACUAUGCUCUUGUAAUGCAGCAGAAUUACCAGGGAGAAGAACAAGAGAGUGAAACUUCAAAUGAAGAGACAGAAUUUGAGACUGAGGAUGAGAAUAGUGGAAUUUCUGAGAAAGAAGAUUUAUAUGAAAUAGCAGAUCUAAAUGAUUUGGGGGGUUCUAAUGCUGGCACAGAAGUGGUUAAGUAUGGAAGUUUACGAAGAAUAUCCAACAGACCUUCUCUCAGUAGAGCAUCUACUAAAAGAUUUUCUGAAAGGAAAAGGAGAAAAAAACAGAAGAAGAAGAAGAAGGAAGCAAAGAAGGUCCAUGUGAAAGAGACUCUCCCAGAUGUUCCUUAUUCCAGGAUCCUGGCUCUGAAUAAGCCUGAAUUCUGCUACAUAGGAAUUGGGGUCAUUGCUGCUGCCAUUGCAGGAGGUAUUACUCCUGCCUUUGCAGUUCUGUUUGGCAAAAUCAUUGGGGCUUUCCAAGAACAAGAUGAUGUAAAGAAAAGUCAGAAUACAGUGCUGUAUUCUCUCAUGUUUCUUGUGUUGGGAGUGAUCAGCUUAAUAACUUAUACAAUCCAGGGAUUCACUUUUGGGAAGUCUGGAGAGGCUCUCACAAUGCGGUUGCGCUCUCUUUCUUUCAAAGCCUUGCUGCAACAGGAAAUUGGAUGGUUUGAUGAUCACAAUAAUGGUAUUGGAGUUCUGUUAACCAGACUUUCAACAGAUGCUUCUCAAGUUAAAGGAGCUACUGGAAAUAGAUUGGCCUUAAUGACCAUGACUUUCUUCACACUUGUGACAGCUCUUAUCAUUGCUUUUGCACAUGGUUGGCAUUUAACGCUGCUCAUCCUAGCUUGUAUUCCCUUCAUCAUUGCUGCAAAGGCUAUUCAAGCGAAAUCGAUGAAAGGUCAUGCAGCUGAGGAUCAAAAAUCCCUUGAAGAAGCUGGAAGGAUUUCAACAGAAGUUGUAGAAAAUAUAAGAACUGUUGUGGCAUUAACGAGAGAAGAUAGAUUUUUUGAGAACUACAAAGCAAGCUUAUAUGGACCAUACAAGGACACACUAAAGAAAGCUCCUAUUAAUGGAUUUUCCUAUGCAAUAGGGCAGAGUUUCAACUUUUUUAUAAAUGCUGCUAUCUUCAGAUUUGGAGCAUGGCUUAUUGCCCAUUGUUUUAUGAACUUUGAACAACUGUUUAUAGUCUUCUCAUCAGUGAUUUUUGCUGCAAUGAAUGCUGGCCAAGCUAAUUCUCUUGCACCUGAUUUUAGCAAAUCAAAGGUUUCUGCCCAAAGAAUAUUUCACCUUUUGGAUCGAAAGCCUGUAAUUGACAGCUAUAGUGAAGAAGGAGAAAAAUUAGACAAAUUUGAAGGCAACAUUGAAUUUAAAGAUAUCCACUUUGCAUAUCCAACCAGAACAGAAGUGCAGGUUUUGCAAGGGCUCAAUAUAAAGAUUAACAAGGGCCAGACACUGGGUCUUGUGGGUAGCAGUGGCUGUGGCAAGAGCACUUCUAUUCAGCUUCUAGAGCGAUUCUAUGACCCAAUUUCAGGACAAGUGAUUGCAGAUGGUGUAGAUACCAAAUCUCUACAUAUACAGUGGCUGAGGUCCAGACUGGGCCUUGUGCAACAAGAACCUAUUCUGUUUAACUGCAGUAUUGCAGAGAAUAUCCAAUAUGGAGAUAACAGCAGAGUUGUUAGCCAGGAAGAAAUUGAAGAAGCAGCCAAAGCAGCCAAUAUUCACAAUUUUAUAGAAAAUCUUCCAGAGAAAUACAAUACUCGAGUGGGUGAUAAAGGAGCACAGCUUUCAGGAGGGCAGAAGCAAAGAAUAGCUAUUGCUCGUGCUCUUGUACGAAAACCUGCAGUUCUACUUCUAGAUGAGGCCACAUCAGCUUUGGAUACAGAGAGCGAAAAAAUUGUCCAGAAAGCAUUAGAUGAAGCUCGGAAAGGCCGAACCUGCAUUGUUAUUGCUCAUCGAUUGUCAACAAUCCAGAAUUCUGAUAUAAUAGCAGUAAUCGAAAAUGGCAGAGUAGUAGAACAAGGAACUCACAGCCAGCUGCUAGCACUGGAGGGAUUUUAUUAUGCACUUGUCAAUGCCCAAGUAUCCCAUUAGUUGUAUUUAUAAAACCAGAAACAGAAGUUUGGAGAAGUUAGACCAAGAUGCAACAUGAAAAAUCACCAAACCCAAAGCAGAUUUGGGUUUUCAAACAGCAAUCUAUUUUACUAUAUUGAAACAUAAGUACUAAUUAUAUGGUGGAAGUGGAUCUCUUGUUCAAAACUUACACUUUUCAUUCUUAUUUCUUAUUUCUUUUUUUGCACAACCCCUUUAGUGCACCAAAAAUUAUUCAUAGAAUUGCAGUCAACAUGAACAAUGACUGUUGAAUGUCCCAUUAUCAAUGAAUUCUCAGGUGCCUGCAAAUGCAAAGUUCAGAUAGUUGGGCUACUUAUGUGAAGAAGAAGAAAAAAACUUAUUUAUAUAUUGCUGUGUUACUGUUAUGUCCUGAGCCUGUGGAAGCAGGCUCGGGGCAUUGCAAUGGUCCCGGGCAGGUGCAA